AUGGAUUUGGAAACAUAUUCUAAAAACAUUACAGAUUUCAUCACUGGAAGUUACAUCACCUCCGCCAUUAGGCUGGGAAAGGACCUGGGACUUUUUGAUGAGCUGAAACGACUUGACAAAGCCGUCUCUUCACAGCAAUUAGCAGACGCCUGUAAUUUGAAAGAGAGGUAUGUUCGGGAGUGGCUGGGCUGUCUUGUAUCCGCCAGGAUCGUGUCGCUUGAUGAGUCUGACAAUUACUAUAUUCCUCAGAAACUCAAGCCGGGACUUAAUGCUGUCAGUUUAACAUUUUUCUUUCCUUUCAUGGGUACUUUGACUGAAAAAGUAAAGAACUGCUUCAGAAAAGAUGGUCCUAAAGGUUUAAGCUUCGGAGAAAUGCCCUCGGAUUUAGUUGAAGCUAUUGAUGAAAUAACAACGGAUCCUGAAUCGGUGGUCGAACAACUCCUUUUGCCUAUUACUAAACCCAUAAGGUCGAUUACUGCCAUACUCGAUCUAGGGUCUGGGAGAGGAUGGGUCACGAGAGCGUUAAGCAGGCGUUUUCCAUACAAACACAUAUACGGUGUUGACUUCAACGAAGAUGCUAUAACAAAAGCGAAAGCAAUGUCCAAAUCCCAAGGUAUCAAAAACGUGACGUUUGUGAAAGAAGAUGCGACAUCUUUGCCAGCUGACUGGACCGGCAAGUUUGACUGGGUUGUCUUGUUUGAACUUUUGCAUGGUCUGCCAGAUCCUGUAAAUGCCAUGAAAGAAGUUCACCGCGUCUUGAAGGACGACGGGGUCGUGUCCAUUGUUGACCCAGACUUACACAGUAAUGUAAGGGAGAACGUUGGUGAUCCGAAUAUAGCAGGUAUAGAGUAUGCCCUCAGUCCCCUGAUGUGUCUCCCGGCUAGUUUGUCGGUAGAGAAUUCAACAGGCCACGGAUGUGGCUGGGGAACAGAAAACAAAGAAGCAUUUUUGACCAGUUCUGGCUGGCGAGUGAAGGACAAAAGUAACAUCGAUGGUCCAUUCGCUUUGAACUUUACGUGUGUCAAAGGAUCCUUUGAAACCUAG